GCCGGCAGAGCGCCGCCCCUUCCCGGCCGGUGCUGGCGGAGCCGCGGGGAUGCUGCUGGUGCUGUCGGCGGAGCACCGGGCACAUCUCGGCUGUUUGCCGCGGGCCGGCGGCGCAGCCCUCGGCGAGCUGGGGCGCCUGGCGCUGGAGCAGCUGCGGCGGGGAGCGGCACCGCGGGCCUGCGAGACCGCCGCCAGAAAGCUGAACAUUGGCGUUGACACCAUUCAGCACGGGGUAGAAGGACUAGUGUAUCUUCUUACUGAGAGUUCCAAGCUUAUGAUUUCUGAGGUUGACUUUCAAGAUUCCAUUCAUGUUUUGGGAUUCUCAGAUGAAUUGAACAAAUCUUUGCUCCAGCUGUACCUUGACAACAGGAAAGAGAUCAGGAGCAUUCUUGGAGAGCUGGCACCCAGGCUUCCCAGCUACCACAGUCUGGAGUGGAGACUGGAUGUGCAGCUUGCAAGCAGAAGUUUGAGGCAACAGAUCAAGCCUGCUGUGACUAUGAAGCUACAUCUUAACCAAAAUGAAGAUCAAACUGCCCAGGUGUUGCAAACUGACCCUGCUACCCUUCUCCACCUUAUCCAGCAACUGGAGCAGGCGCUGGGGGAGAUGAAGAUGAACCACUGUAGAAGAAUAGUGCGCAACAUGAAAUAACCUCAAGUCCUCUCUGCUCUCUUACUAAGCAGUUUGUAAAACAACUCAAAACAUUGCUCACAAAUACAUUUUGAGGAAAAAUAAACAUCUGGAUCAGAUGAACUGUUUUCCUGUGCCAGGAUCUUGAGCCAGUAUUUACUGGCCAAAUGUCCUCAGCUGCCAGCUUUGCACAUUUAUAUGUGGUGAUCUUUUUCACAGAACCAUCUUCAUAUAUAGUUCAUGGUAACUAAAUGUGAUCAAAUAUUACUGCUUUUUGAUUUUUGAUUAGUAUUUUUCAUGUAAUUGAUCUCUGUUUUCAGAUGAAACACAGGAUUAGCUCAUACAUAGGUGAGUGGCUUCCCUCAUUCCGUCUCUCCUCAUUACAGCCAUAGUCUGGAACUCAGGGCAGCAAAGUGGGAGUUUUAGAUACAAGUCCUAGGAGCUUCUUCUGUUGUCUCACUAGUGCCUGAUGAAUCUGAACAUAUUUACCUUUUUUUCUCUUAGAAUGUUUUAAAUAAAAAUCCAGCUGCUAUAGAGCUGAUUGGCAUCAUGGUAAGUGCUGGCAGUCUACACAUGGCUCAUAUCCUGAAGCAUGUGCUAACUGAGAGUGUUGAGGGUUUUCCUUGGGGAUUCUGAGUAAAAUGGUCAGUUGAAAGCAGAUGUUGAGAAUGCAGAAUGUCUCUGGAGAGCCUGCAUGUUCCUUUGUGCAGUGUGUUGCAACAGUGAAAAAGGAGAAGCUGCAACACUGAAUGGUUUUGUUUCCUUUUACAAAAAAUUACCUCAGCUAAAGAUGAUCAAAGGUAAGCUUUGAAGCUGGAUGAAACUGAGAGAAACUCAAAUGCUGGCAGUGAUCCACAAACAGACUCAAGGAGAGAGGGAAGGAGAAAGAUCCUUUACACCAAGCAUCUUACUUUUAAAUUGUACCUUUCAGUUUGUUCUGGGGGAAGUACUGAGCCUGGAAAAGCAGCUGUUCAGCAGCAGGAUUUGGGCUUAAUUAUUGGAAAAGAAGAUUUGCCUUUAGGUGAGGUUGGAACUGGUCUACACCUCUGCAAGUUCUCACUUCUCUGUCUUCACAGCGUCCAGGGCAGCUCCUGUGGGCUUAGCACUUUAGCCCCGCUGGUGAUUGUGCCUGCACAGCAACCAGCUCUGGCUGCCAGUGCCUCUGUACAGCAGCUGAGGCUGGGAGUGAAAAGGCACAUGUGUCAAUAACCCAGAGAUACUGGUAAAAUAGGAAUUCAUCCUUGGAUGCACUUUGAUUUUAUUGUAAACUCCCAAAUUAAAAUUGGCAUAUUAAGCUAAAUUUAACACAUCUUCUGUAAUUUGCACUUGCUUUAUAGAAACCCUUGAACAUGACAAGGAGACUACAAAGCAUUUUUCACAAGCUACUAAAAAGUUUGGUUGCUACUUUUAACCCAUUUUAUUUUAAAUAGGGUUUUUAAAAUUUACUGCUGUUCCAUUGUGUUCUUUGUUCUCCAUUGCCAUAUAGUUCAGAGGAACAGAAGUUUUCUGUUCACAGAUGGUCAUGGAGCACCCAGCUGUAGUUACUGCCUGCUUGGAGUCUCCUUGCACAGAGCAAACCCAAAGCAGAGACAGAACCAUGCCAGGCUGUGCUGUGCACUGGUCUAUUGGUUACUCAGAAAGAAUAAGGCUCGCCCAGAGACCCUGAAGUGUUAUUUUAUCACAGACAUCACACAUGCUGCUUCACCUAUAUAGGUUUUGUCAGAAAAAAUGUUAUUUUAUGAAGAGCUUUGACGUAGAGCAGUGAUGGAUCUAGAUUAAAAAUUAUGUGUGGCAUUAUUUCUU